AUGAUUACACGACAUUUAAAUCUUAAUAAAAAUUUUACAAGGUUGAUACGACAGUUUUCCACUCAAAAUAUAUGUUUUAAUGAAAAAUCACCAACAACUUCUCCAGAAAUAGAAUUACCAUAUGAUAAAUCCAAAAGAAUCUUCUUAAAACCUGGCCAAAUCAGAAAUAGAAAAAGAAAAUCCAACAAAACCAAAUUAACAUCACCUCCUUCCUCCUCAAGUAUACUACGACAAUCAAUAAAACAACCACCUAAAGUAAAUCUAAAUAUAUUCUCUGAGAUAUAUGAGAAUAAAUUAAAUUCAGUGAAUGAAGAUGGGGACUUAUUCAAGCAUAUAGCCAGUUUCAAACCAUUCGAGAAAACUAUAGGAUUAAAGCGAUUUGAUAAUUUGAAAAAAAAUCUAGAUGAUUCAUUUACAAAAACUCAACUUUUAAAAUAUGUAAAUAACUUAACGACUUCAAAAAAGCUUACCAAAAAGACAACAAAGAAUGAUUUAAUUGAAAAAUUGAUAUUAAAUUAUUGGAAAAUAAAUAAAUCAACAGACUCUAAAUCAAUUAGUAAUGAAAUAAUAUUAAAUAAUAGAGUAUUUGAUUUAACUCCAGAAGAAAGAUUUCUAAUUGAACCUAUUAGAUCAAAAUUUUUGAAAAAUUUAGUAAAUUCUUUAAAUUUGAAUUUAAAUUUUACAAAUACAAAAUUAAUAGUUUCUGGUAUGACUUCAAAUUUAAAUUUUUUUGAAGCUGAAUUAGUAUCCUUCAAAAAUAACUUAAAAUAUGAAGAAAUUACAAUACCGAACUUUAUUAAUUUGAAUGAUUUAAAUUUUGGUAGAAUAUCGAAAACUUCAUCUGUAUUUUUCAAAGAAAUACAAAAUAAUAAAUAUCAAAUAAUUGCAAAUUCAUUAAGUAAUAUUGACCUAGCUAAAAGAUUAAUUUCUUGGUCAAUUGAUAAAAAUCCUCAUGUAAAGACUACAUACUUUAAUGAAGAUCAAAUGGAUAAUAGAACUUGUAUCCCAUAUUUAAACAAUGAUAUUUGGUCAUGGUAUGAUAAACAAUUUCAAUACUAUCAUAUUUCCAAAGAUACUGUGGAUGAUAAAAAACCUGGUAGGUUAUUUGGUAAUGAAAUAAUAUUUGAAAAAUUUGAUAAGAUGAAUGAUAAUCAUUUGAACCUGAAACAUUUGGAUGACUUAAUUGAUACUAAUUUAUCUUUAAAAUUCGAGGAACCUAAUGCAGAUGAUUAUGUUGAUAAAUCUAUUUCGGAUGAUAUAUUAAAUAUGUUUAAAGGGGUCAAACCUUCAAAUCAUGCAGAAUCUGAAUUCAAUUUAGAUAAAGUAAUACAAAAUAGAGCGAAUUCAGCAAACCUAAAUUCCGAUAAUGAUCCCAAACAUCUUAACCUCGAAGAACUUAGACAUGAAUUAGGUAAAUUUUCAGAACAAGAAUAUGAUCCAAAUGAAUUUCCAGAUGUUUCAAAUUUAAUAGUUGACGUUGAAGGACAAGACCAAAAUAAAAACAAUGAUCAAAUAAUUGAUAAUUUGAGAACAGAGCUAGGAGCAUACGGUGAAGAAGAUUCUAGUUUAGGAUUAUUUGAUGACUUGUUGGAAGAUACAGAUACAUUUACAACAACUCCAGCUUCUGUAGUAGAAGAACCAAAAUUACAACCAGUAAAGGAGCAUCCUAUUUCAGAGCGGGUAAACAAAUUUGACUCACAAUUUACAGAUGAUCAAAUAAAAACAAUAUAUGACAAACUAAAUGAUACUAGUUUCACUAAUGAUUUGAAAGGCACGUCGAAAGAAUCAGAAUUAUAUUCUGCAUUUACGAUACAAUUCGGCUCAUUAUUGUUGAAAAAACCUAAAUUAAAUAAUGAUUUAUUACCACCUCCACUUAAAGUGACAACAAGUGAAAACAAUCAAUAUAAACUUUUGACAAAUGUUCCCUUUUUGAAAGAUCAAGUGAUAAACUUACCUGUAUUAUACAAUAAUGGAACCCAGAUCUUCACAAAUAAAGUUCAAAUUAAUCUAAGUCCAUCGAUUUUCAAGAAUUCUGAUUUAAAGGAUGUUAAUAAAUACCCAUCAAUUGAAAUUCAAGUUGAGUUAAAUGAUUGGGGUCAAUUGAAAUUAGAAAGUUUGAAAAUUUUGUCAAUAGAAUCUAUGAAUCAAGUUGAUGUAUUUUGUCCAAAUAUGAUUUAUGAUUUGAGAAUUUCAAAAUUAAGUAUCGGUGAUUUAUUACAACCACAAGGAACUAUUCAACAAAUUGAAAGCCAAAAAGAUGAUAAUUCAAUUGAUGACAAUUAUAAAAUGUUUCAAAAUCAACCGGAUUUAAUCAAUUUUCUUAAAAACUCAAACUUGAAUUUCAGUUCAAAUUCCAAAUCUAAAAUUAAUGUACCAAAUUCAGUCAAUUUACAAAUUAAUGGUGUCAAUGUCAUAUAUGACUUCUUACAUUUAACAUAUGAAACAGAUUUAAAUUUUGAAUUUGCAGGAAAUAAAGAAAUAAUAUUAAGUAUAAUUGAAGGUGGAUCAUUAAAUGGUAAAACAUUUGAAAUUUUAAUUGGUGAAAAUGGAAAUUUAAAUGAAAAAGAGUUCAAAACAUUUAUAAAUGAUGCUAUUCAAUUUUUGAAUGAACUUUCUUAA